AUGGCCGACCACGACAAGCCCCCUGCCUACGGCGGCCCUCCCCCUCAACCUCCUCAGCAAGCCUACCAAGGCUACGGCUCUCCUCCGCCCCAAGGUCCCGGCGGCUACGGCACGCCCCCGCCCGGCCAUCAGGGCCAGUACUACUCCCCCGGCCCCGAGAUGGGAUACCCUCAAGGACCCUACCCCCCGCCCGGCCAGUACCCUCCCGGACAAUAUCCCCCGGGACAGUACCCUCCGGGUCCCUACGGCCAGCCGCAAUACGGACCCCCCGGCGGUCCCGGAUACCCGCCGCAGGGAGGCUACUACCAGGACAACCGCGGUGGCGGCGGCGGCGGUAGCGGUAUCAUGGCUGGUCUGCUCGGUGCGCUUGCGUGCUGCUGCUGUCUCGACUGCUUGUUCUAA